AUGAAGCGACUGGCUCAAAACCAUGCACACUUCUACUGUAAAGGGGGAAGUGUCAGCACAUGGCAGCAACAAGCAGUGAUCACCUCGCACGAAACAGCACACGCAGUGGGGAAGCACAAGGCGGCAAGUGUCAUCAGGUGGCAGCAACAAGCAGUCAUCACCUCGCACGAAACAGCACACGCAGUGGGGAAGCACAAGGCGGCAAGUGUCAUCAGGUGGCAGCAACAAGCAGUGAUCACCUCGCACGAAACAGCACACGCAGUGGGGAAGCACAAGGCGGCAAGUGUCAUCAGGUGGCAGCAACAAGCAGUCAUCACCUCGCACGAAACAGCACACGCAGUGGGGAAGCACAAGGCGGCAAGUGUCAUCAGGUGGCAGCAACAAGCAGUGAUCACCUCGCACGAAACAGCACACGCAGUGGGGAAGCACAAGGCGGCAAGUGUCAUCAGGUGGCAGCAACAAGCAGUGAUCACCUCGCACGAAACAGCACACGCAGUGGGGAAGCACAAGGCGGCAAGUGUCAUCAGGUGGCAGCAACAAGCAGUGAUCCCCUCGCACGAAACAGCACAUGCAGUGGGGAAGCACAAGGCGGCAAGUGUCAUCAGGUGGCAGCAACAAGCAGUGAUCACCUCGCACGAAACAGCACACGCAGUGGGGAAGCACAAGGCGGCAAGUGUCAUCAGGUGGCAGCAACAAGCAGUGAUCACCUCGCACGAAACAGCACACGCAGUGGGGAAGCACAAGGCGGCAAGUGUCAUCAGGUGGCAGCAACAAGCAGUGAUCACCUCGCACGAAACAGCACAAGCAGUGCGCAAGCACAAGGCGGCAAGUGUCAUCAGGUGGCAGCAACAAGCAGUGAUCACCUCGCACGAAACAGCACACGCAGUGGGGAAGCACAAGGCGGCAAGUGUCAUCAGGUGGCAGCAACAAGCAGUGAUCACCUCGCACGAAACAGCACACGCAGUGGGGAAGCACAAGGCGGCAAGUGUCAUCAGGUGGCAGCAACAAGCACUGAUCCCCUCGCACGAAACAGCACAUGCUGUGGGGAAGCACAAGGCGGUGGCAGCGACAAGCAGUGAUCCCCUCGCACGAAAGAGCACAAGUAGUGCGCAAGCACAAGGCGGCAAGUGUCAGCACUUCUAG